AUGGAUCCGUUGGCUCUGAUGACCAAGGGAUGGAGCACAACACCAGGCUCAGCUCCAGAGCCAUACAUAUAUCAGGCACUGGAAGAAGAACACCACGAAAUCCGACUUUUGAAACUUAUGCCAUCUCGGGACCCCAAGGAGCCCCUCAGAGCAACCAUCGUGACGAUACGCCCUGACUGGCUGGCGUUAGCUUCUGAUCCAAAUCAUCCAGGGCCUCGGUGGACGGCAUUGUCGUAUGUGUGGACUGACCCGGAUGGACCUACGGUCGUCCUCGAUGGCCAGCAACUCAGAGAGACUGCAAGAAAGGAGGAAAUCAUCAUCGGAAAAACUGUCAUCAAGAUCACAUCCAAUCUAUUUGGCGCUCUUAUGUUGAUCCGUGGCUAUGAGCAGUUUUGCACCGUCUGGGCAGAUCAGAUCUGUAUUGAUCAGGCUAAUUUGCAAGAGAGAGCAAGCCAAGUGCAGCAAAUGCACAUGAUAUUUUCCCUGGCGGAAAACGUUCUGGUGUGGUUGGGGAAAGCGAUGAGAGGAGUGAAAACUCAGAUGUUUGCACAGAUGUUCACAUGGCUUCAUAGCCCUCGAAGGACCGGUCGGAUCGAAGAUGCACCCUCGUUCGCGCAAUUCACGGCCAAGUUGAUGACAGAACAGCCACAUUUGUAUCCGCCUCCGAACGAGGACCACCACCUUUUCACCAAGCAAAUGGUCAAGGACAUUCUGGAAGAUCCUUGGUUUAGUCGAUCCUGGGUGAUCCAGGAGGCGGUGCAUGCCAAAAGUCUCCUCGUCUAUCUAGGCCCUGUGGUCAUUCCAUGGGAGAUGUUCGAGGAAGCCAUCUCCGGUCUGUCCUACUGGAGCAUCCCGUGGAGUACGGCGGAGGACUCUGCCCUAGCGACGUUUCAUCGAGGCGGACUUCAAAUUAUCAAGAAAACCCGGGACUGGCAGGAAAGUCGGUACAGACAUGAGACCCUUCUCCCGUCAGCGCCACUGUCCACUCUUCUUCAGGGGCUCCGCGUCACUCGAAGCACUGAUGCUCGCGAUAAAGUCUACGCCUUUUGGCACAUGUCUGACCAGGAAUUUCGGGCUGAGAAGGGCCUGAUAGACGCGUUACCGAUCUCCUACGAGAGAAGUACACAGGAGGUCUACGGACGGACUGUGGCAUACUGUAUCAACACCGAAAUGAAUUUGGACGUGCUCUCUUGCGCUUGUAAGCUUGAAGCAUCUCGCCAAAAUUCUGGAUUUCCAUCCUGGAUGCAUGACUGGCAAGUCCACCCUGACCAGCUCGGAUGCGCGAUUGACGUGCACAAUAUUCUCCCACAGCGAGGCUGUGACGCAUACGCAGUCAACAGUGAAAGCCGGGGCGGCAAGGUCCCGUUUAAUGCUUGUGCAGGUCGCCCAGCUUAUUACGGACGACCUCCAGACGAACCUGGACUCGUUUAUAGCGGACAAUUCGAUCAGAUUGGCUUGAGGGGAAUCGCCUUUGACGAGGUCCGGGCGAUUACUUCGGUGUGCUACUCCAACACGCCGGGGGAGGAGGUUGGUGCCGGGCAGGAAAUGGACUGGAACCUCUGGUGGAACUGUGCGACAACAGAGAUAAAGGACGAUCCAUAUGUCGACCACGAAAGCCGUGUGGAAGCCUUCUGCCAGGCCCUAACGUUCGGCAACGUCAAAAUCUCAGGACAUUCCCAGACCGAGGUGAUACAAGAUUUCAGACGAUGGUGGUCCGCGGGGAGGCUUCUCCACGAUUCAAGUUCUGCUCAUUCCUCUAACUGGAGCGAACGACUGCAGAACUACGAAGCCUUUAAGAAGCUCCCAUUUCCCAACGGCCUCUACGUCAAUAAGAGGAGGCUGUUCCGCACUGUCCGAGGCUACAUUGGCUCCGCAUGUGAACAUAUCGAACCAGGGGAUAUGGUGUGGAUUUUGUGGGGUGGUGCGUUACCCUUCCUCUUACGCAAAGUCGAAAGGGAGGAGAGCCUCUACCACAUCGUUGGUGGGGCCGUUUAUAUUCACGGGAUCAUGUUCGGGGAGGCCGUCGCGAAAGCCGAAGACGAAGGAAUGGAGCAGCAAGCGAUCUGGCUUGCCUAG